UUUUAUAAUAAAUACAUGCAUGCACUCCAUUCACUACCAGAUCUAUUGUCCAACAAAGCGAGUAGUUUGAUUCUCAUAAGGAAGGUUGAAUAUCACAGUCCUAAAAUGUCUGAAAGUGAAGAGUAUGACCAGGAUGCUGUUGAAGAAACUAUUGAAGAGACUGAAGAGGUUGAGGAGGUGGAAGAGCCUGAGCCCGAACCUGAACCAGAACCACCUCGACCAGCACCUCCCAUGUCACGGGCUCCACCACUGAAGCCAAACAAUAUGAAUGAACUCAAUCAAAAGAGAAAAUCUAAGAUCUCAGCGUCACGCAAGCUUCACCUUAAGAUUUUAAUGUUGAGCAGAGCUAAAGAUGACCUCGAAAAAGAAAUAACAGAUCGAAAGGAAGAGAAGGAGAAAUUCCUUACAGAGCGUAUGGUGCCUCUUAACUUCUCUGGCCUUUCUCUGACUGACUUACAAAAAAUGUGCAUAGAUCUUCACAAGAAAAUAGAUAUGGUUGAUGAGGAAAGGUACGACAUUGAGUUCAAAGUUGGCAAGAAUAAUUACGAGAUUCAGGACCUGUCUCUGAAAAUCCUUGAUCUUAGAGGGAAGUUUAAACGUCCUAAUUUGCGUAGGGUCCGUGUUUCUGCUGAUGCCAUGCUGCGGGCUUUGCUGGGAUCCAAGCACAAAGUAUCCAUGGAUCUGAGAGCCAACCUGAAGUCAGUCAAAAAGGAUGAAUCAGAAAAGGAGCGUAAUGCAGAAGUGAGCGACUGGCGUAAGAAUGUGGAAGCCAUGUCAGGGAUGGAAGGCAGGAAGAAGAUGUUUGAUGCUGCUGCACCUCAAUAACCAACCAGCUGUGUGUAUGGGAUAUUUCAUCAUAUGAAGGUGUGUGCAGGUUGCUUUCCUUCCAGCAGUACAACAUUUUUAAUAGACAAGGAUUAAACAUUUACAAACAAGCACCAGCCCUCCUGACAUUUGCCUUUAAAAUAGACUUUGUAAAUUUCCUGUGAUUAUACUUAGCAAUUAAAUAUUUACAAAGAUAUAUUUUGCUGUUUAAAGUGACUACUGGCUUGCUAUUGAAUCAGCAAUAAAAGUACGUAUCUGA